ACGUGUUUCCUCUACAUGUCUACGGUCAGACCUCUCUGAACGGAAUUUGAAUCGUCACAUGUAGAUUUACGUGUUCUGUUCAAUUUAAAACUAUUAACUUGGAAAUGAAAUCGUUUUGAUUGUUGUAUUUGAACUGUUGUAACCAUGGCCAGUAAAUCUGUUUUGGAUCUUUUCACAAAAGUCAUUAAAGCGCCGCACAAUAGCCAACCGAAACUAUGCAUGCAACUGGUGAAACAUUUGCAGCUCUUCAGUAACGAAUCGUUGGAUGAACAGCGUCAAAAAGAAGUAUUUUAUGUGUUAACGAGAUUGGUACGUGGAUUAGGGUCCCCAAAGACACAAGUCCGAACUGUUUACUAUUCUAUUUUGGUGGUUAUUGUAAGCCAUUUGACAGACAAGCCAUGGUUCAAUCUGGACAAUUUUAAAAACGUUGUAGAUAAGGAGUUGACCAAAUAUGAUUCAAAAGCUGAAGAGGGUGAUGUCUUGUCUGGUAAAGUGUUAUGUUAUGGUGCUAUGAUACGUAGUGGAAUAUUUAGUGCUGGAUCGAUGGAUACCCAAAAAGCUAUCGUGGCUGAACUUUUGAGUAAUAUGAAAACAAGAUCUUAUUUACCCCUGUUGACAUACAAGUUUUUAACUGAAGGAAUUGAUUCUUCCAACAAUGUUAUGUUUUCGGAAAUUAUUUGGCCUUAUUUAAAAAAGUACAUUGGAUUGCCUAUUACAAAACAAACUUUGGAUUCAUUAUAUUGCAUAAUACAAGUGCAUAGUCGGUAUCCAAAAUUAAUCGAUGGUGCAUUUAUUCCCAGAGUGUUAGAGACGGGUACUGAACUCUUAUGUACUGAAUCAAUGAAUGACAUAGCAAAGAUAUUAAUAUUUCACAUUUCCUCUGUGGAAGUACUUGAGCACCCUGUGUAUGAAGCCUUUUCUAUUGCAUUAACAUCUUCAAGCAAUAGCGAUUCACUUAUUUCAUCAUUUUGGGGUGUUCUUCAACCACAUUUCACGGGCCCACACAAUCGCUAUCAACAAAUGGCAGCUAUGAAACUGUGCACAUAUAUUGUUAAGAAUAGUUCCCUGAAUAGUGUACAUUCACUACUUUCUAAUUGGUUUUUGGAUAUGUUAUUAAAAUCAUUUACUCGUCCGAAUGCCGAUACACUUGUAUCUUAUUCCCGAUUAAGCAUAUCAGCUGUAAUGGACAGACUCAGCUCAUCUGCCACACCCAAUAUUGCUUAUAAGGUCUUAUUGAAAUUCAUUCUACCUCCUGGGGAUAUGAUGGUAGAAAAAAUAACAGGUAUUAAAAUUGUUCAAAAUUGUUUGAUAAAAAUGGAUGAACAACACAUUAAGCUUUUGGACAAACAAUGCCAUCAAGUUGUACUUAUGAAAAAAAAAGGAAACAAUGAAAAGGCACAUUUCUGGAAGAUUCAAGAUCGUGGAUACGCAGCUCAACUUCUUGCUAGACUUUUAGGGCUUCAAAUUAGUACUGAUGUUAUGUGGAAAAUAGAACAAUUAAAAUUUAUGUUAGAGCACGCCUUUUUUACAAAUGCAACUGAAAAAUAUCAUAUAAGCCAUGAGUUAGCAGCUAUCAUUAGAGACUCAUUUUUGAAAGCACUCAGCCACAAACAACCAAACAUGGAAACACUUCGGAUAACUUUAUCUACGCUUGUUCAUUAUACAGAUGAAUUAUUGAAAGACAGCCGUCAGCUUCGGCCUAAAACUUCAAAAGAUGAUAUGAAUAGUUGGAAAAAGAUGAUCAAAACAACCAAAGACAUUGAAAAAAAAUUAAAGAAAUGCGAAACAAAAUCUAAAGAACAAUCAAUUCUUUUUGUUUUUCACACUUUGUUCUUGCAACUGGGAAUUUAUUUGUUUGUUGAACCAUCAGUGGCCAUUGACGCUCUACAAGAAUUACAAAAUUGUUAUGAACACCAUACAAAUGAUAGUGAAAAUGAAGAAAAAGAUGAACUCAAUUGGGUUGAAGUUGUAGUAGAGCUCAUGUUGUCAUUAUUAGCUAGAGAGUCUUAUUUAUUAAGGCAAUUGAUUUCCCGUGUGUUUUCACAUUUAUGUUCAGAAUUAACACCCCAGGCAUCUCAUCAAAUUUUACAGGUUUUAAAUCCUCAAUAUGAUACUGCAUCAAAUUCAGUGGAUGAUAGUGAUGAAGACUCUGAUAGUGACAAAGAAGAAGAUGAUGAUGAUGAUGAUGAUGAUGAUGAUGAUGUAGAAAAUGGUGAUAAUGAAACAAAGGUUAAUGGCAAUGGAAUUAAUGGUCAUGGUUUAGAUAAUGAAGACGAUGAAGAAACUGAUGGCUCGGAAACUGAUGAACAAUCUAGUGACGACGAUCAAGACAACACUGAACAGUUAAAAUUGGCUUUACACAAGGCAAUGAUGUCUGCCAAUCAGCAUUCAGAUGAUGAGUCAGUUGAUAUUGAUGAUAUGACCGAAGAAGAUGGUAAAAUAAUGGACGAUUUAUUAUCAGAAGCAUUUAAAAGCUAUAGAAAAAAUUCAAACAAAAACCCUAAACAUAUUAAAGAGAAAAUUAAUUUUAGAUUGAGGGUUAUGGAUUUGGUGGAUAUAUAUUUGGAUAAUAAUCCAUCUUUAUGUCUCAUAUUGGAUACUAUUCCAACAUUGUUUGCAUUAUUGGAAUAUUGCAUCAAGGAUAUUCAACAACGACCCCUGGAGACUCGAGUUCGAUCAGCAUUAAAAAAAAUCAGUCAGAUCAAAAAAAUUAAUGACACAGAAACUGUGGACGAUGAAUUAAUCUCAAUGGUUUUAAAAGUUUUAAUGGAUAAAGGUGUACGAACUACACCUGUAUUUUUGGAUAUAAGUACACACAUAACACAGUGUUGCACAUUCCUUGUAAAAUCAUAUGUUCACAUAAUUUCUGGGUUGCCAAAAAAAAAACAAAAAUCAUCUAAAGUAAUCAGCAUUUUGGAGGAUUCGCUUAAAGAUUUCUUCACUAAAAGAGACUGUUUGUUGCCUGUAUCCUUGUUUGAGUCGUUGCUGUCUAAAGUUCUAUGGAAACGUAACAUUAAUUUAAUUGAGUGUAUUCUGCCAUAUGCCUUCAAUGACUCAGUUAGAUGGUUUAGACGAUCACAAGCAAUAUGUAUGUUAGUAUCAUUUUAUCAAAACACGAGACUCUUGGAACAAUUAAAGGAUGACACUCAACUUGAUGAGAUAGAAAAGAAUUUGUCUGAUUAUGUUAUAAAAUUCUUCACUUUAUUGGAUGACAGUCAACCAGAUGUGUCUGGUCGCCAGAGGUACAUAAAUGAAUUGUUGAAUAUUUUGUGCAUAAUUAGUGGCAACAAAUUCUCACAUCAUUGUUGCGAUUGGGAUCAACUCACACAGCUCUUAGAAAGAUCUACUAGCAGAUUCAAUCAAGUGGGUCGGAAGAACUGGAAUAAACUGCGGCAGGCUAUUCAAAAAAUUAAUACUGCCAAGAUAAAUGUUAAAAAUAACCACUUGGAUGACAAUUUUAGCCCGAAGACACCUACUGGAAAAACACCUGUUAAAAGAAAAUCAUUAGUUGUGUCAAACAAAAAAAUUAAAAAAAUUAAAAAUGUCAGCGAUUAAAACAAGAAAAUAACUUAUUUGUUCUUAAUGUAUGCAUUAAAAAAAAAUAAUAACCUGUCUUACUUGACUCUUUUA